CGCCCAGAAGAUGGCGAGCCCGUGCGGGCGGCAGCAGUGCUCCAUCCAGAGGCGCGGCGUCCGCCACCAGCUCGAUUCGUGGCGUCACAAGCUCAUUCACUGUGUAGGGUUUGAAAGUAUUCUAGAAGGCCUGUUUGGACCUGGAUUAUUAAAAGAUCUCAGUUUGUUUAAAGACUGUGAGCCUGAAGGUGUUUCUGAUUGGUCUUUUGAUGAAAAUUGUCUUUUCUGCUGCCUGAGAAGAGAAAAAGUGAAGGAACACUUAGUCAGUCUGGAUGAGCCAGCCUCGGAAGCUGGACAAGAAGCUCUGCUUAGACAAGAGCAAGCAAAAAUCAUUCGUUUUGAAAGGCAAGCGGAAGAGUUCCUCAAUGCAGUCUUUUACAGAAAAGACAGUCCUAGGGUCUCUGACCCAAAUAUUCCCCUAGUGGCCCGUGAGAUCAUGCAGCGAAUGAUCCGACAGUUUGCUGCUGAAUAUACCUCAAAAAAUAGCUCUACUCAGGACUCCAGCCAGCCCAAUAGCACAAAGAACCAAAGCCUGCUGAAAGCAUCUCUGGUCGCCUCCUCUCCCACGGCUGCAACUGCUCAGAACCCUGUGCUCAGCAAACUGCUCAUGGCUGACCAAGACUCACCUCUGGACCUUACUGUCAGAAAGUCUCAGUCAGAACCUAGUGAACAAGACGGUGUGCUUGAUUUAUCCACUAAGAAGAGUCCUUGUGCUGGCAGCACCUCUCUGAGUCACUCUCCAGGGUGCUCUAGUACCUCGGGAAAUGGGCGACCUGGGAGACCCAGCCAGCACCAUCCGGAGGGACUACAGAGUGGUGAUGGGGUACCUCCAAGAAGCUUGCAGGAUGGAACCAGGGAAGGUUAUGGCCACUCCACAUCUCUUAAAGUACCGCUGGCUCGAUCACUCCAGAUUAGUGAAGAACUGCUGAGCAGAAACCAGUUCUCUACAGCUGCCAGCCAUGGGCCAUCUGGACUACAGAAUCAUGGACAGCACUUAAUAUUAUCCAGGGAGGCUUCUUGGGCAAAACCACACUACGAAUUCAAUUUCAGCCGCAUGAAAUUCAGGGGAAAUGGUGCACUCAGCAACAUCAGUGACCUUCCUUUUCUUACAGAAAACUCUGCCUUUCAAAAAAUGGCACUUCAAACUAAGCAGGAUGGGAAAAAGGACGUGAGCCAUUCAUCUCCUGUGGAUUUAAAGAUACCACAAGUUCGAGGCAUGGACCUUUCAUGGGAGUCCCGCACUGGUGACCAGUUCAGCUAUAGCUCUUUGGUAAUGGGUUCACAAACGGAGAGCGCGCUUAGCAAAAAGUUAAGGGCUAUCCUUCCAAAACAAAAUAGGAGAAGUUUGCUGGAUGCUGGACCAGAUUCCUGGGGCUCAGAUGCUGAGCAGUCUACCUCUGGACAGCCAUAUCCCACCUCAGAUCAAGAGGGAGAUCCUGGCUCCAAGCAACCUAGGAAGAAAAGAGGGAGAUACAGACAGUACAACAGCGAGAUACUGGAGGAAGCAAUCUCUGUGGUUAUGAGCGGGAAAAUGAGUGUUUCCAAAGCUCAGAGUAUUUAUGGGAUCCCCCACAGUACACUGGAGUACAAAGUUAAAGAGAGGCUGGGCACUUUGAAAAACCCUCCAAAGAAAAAAAUGAAAUUAAUGAGGUCGGAGGGGCAGGAUGUUUCAGUAAAGAUUGAAUUAGAUCCCCAGGGAGAAGCAGCACAAAGUGCGAAUGAAUUGAAGGAUGAAUAGGGAUGUUGUAGAGUGCCAAUUACUUUGCAAACUGGGUGAGCACUACUGCAUAGUUCAACCAUCACUGAGCGCACCUGAGUCUCCUGUUUACUGCAAUGCGCUUUCCUUUGCAGUUUAGCAUAGACUUAUGUGAACACAGGUGAAAGAUGUGCUCUGAAUGUCACAUUUGUAAAUUUUUCUGGCCUAGUAUGGCACAAUUUCCCUCCUUCACCUGCCCACUGCCCUCUUUCUUUCUUUCUUUGUUCCUUUUUUUUUUCUUUUGCCUUUUGCAUGUUUCUCUGUAAUAGAGAAUUGAGUUACCUCACAAAGAAUGCAGAUCUGUAGAAGUGGACAUCUUGCCUGUAGAGCCUGCCUGAACUUCUGAUGUUGGAUUUUUCAUAUCUGCCUUUAUAGAAAUAAGUCCACUUUGUUAAACUGACACUCUCCUGAAACCAGGCAAUUUUCAAAUGAAAAUCAGACUGUCAUUCUUCAGAAAUGUUUCAGAAAUCUUUUUUUCCCCCUUCUUAUUUUUUGUUGAUCCAGUUGAUUGAAAGGUUUGAGCUAAAUCAAAUUAUUUAGGAAUGGUACUUCUCUUGAACUCAGAUUUGUCAACUAGAUAGAUAAUCAAUUGGGUCUAAUUAGGCUCUCCACUGUUUUCUUUCUAAAUUAACCGUACUUACCAUUUGCUGUCUGCUUAGUGCUCACCCGGAGGGGAGGGGAGGGAAAACUUACAUACACUACCUUCAGAAAAUGUCAGUUUAUUAUUUAUAACACUACCUUCGCUGUAAUUUUAUUUGGUAUUUUUGAAGGGUGAUAUUUACACUCACCUGCUUGAGGAUGUAGCCUUAUCUCACGGAAGACAAGCUUCUCACAGUCAGGAGCAGUCAGGGUACACUAAAUGAUGUAUUAGGGUAUGCCUCAUUAUACCAGAACUAUGGUUCUUUGUGACCUUUACACUUUUUACAGACUUGGUUCUGAGUUUACUAAACUAUGUGGUCCCAACAGCUAGUUUAUAUGACUCUAAUCCAGGGAUGGGGGAUUUGUGUAACAAACUACUGUGAUACUGGGAAAAAAAAAAAAAAAAAGGAAAAAAAAUAGCCCACAAAAUGGUGAUCUCAAACGUUACAACCUCAGUAGUCUGCCCAAAUAUCCACAUUAGUGAAGGAGCUUGUUAAUGUUCAGGGAAGAAGUAAAACACUGGUAGCCUGAUCUAAUUCAGGCUCUGCAUCAUAUCUAUCUGUAAUACUGUCAGGGUCGAACACUCAAUGAAUGGGUGUUUCCUUUUUAAAUAUUACAGUUGCCAG